AUGGCAGCUAAGUUCGUCGUUCUCGCUUUCUUGGUGGCGGCUGCUCAAGGCAGCGCUAUCCACGGUGCUGACUACACCAGCUUCUCCUAUGGAGUAGCGGAUCCCCACACUGGCGAUGUAAAGAGCCAGCACGAGACCCGUGUUGGAGAUAAUGUGGUCGGCCAAUACUCCUUGUUGGAAUCUGAUGGUAGCCGUCGUACUGUGGACUAUGCCGCUGAUGCGCACUCUGGCUUCAACGCUAUCGUACGCAAGGACCCCGCUCUCAUCGGACACGUUGCUCCUGCCUUAGUAGCUGCUCCCAUCGCCCACGCCGCUCCCUUGGCCCAUGCAGCUCCCCUUGCGUACGCUGCCCAUGUUGCUCCAAUUGCCCACGCUGCCCCCGCCGUCAUUGCUGGACCAUCCGUAUCUUACUCUGCGUCUUCCAGCUCAGUAGCCCACGGAGGUUAUGGUGCCCCCUUGGCUCAUGGUGUCUAUGCCUCUUCUCUAGCUCAUGGAGCCCUUGCCUCUCCCCUCGCAUACGCUGCCGCCCCUCUGGCCCACCACGCUGGUCUCGCCGGUCUCUCGCAUGGCGCCUUAUACGGCCAUGGUCUCGGACACUAC